AUGGCGCCAUCAUCAGCUCGGCAAAUCCUCUUAAGCCCGGCAGAAUUAUCUUACAUCCACACCUCUCUUUCUCACACCCCUCCAAUCCGUUCAGAUGGACGCCAGCCCAAUCAAUUUCGCCCACUUACUGCGGAAGCUGGAAUUCUUCCUAGCACCAAUGGAAGUGCUAGAAUUUGUUUCGCCGAUGGAACUGAAGCUGUCGUUGGAGUAAAGGCUGAAGUUGAGAAAUCAUGGUCGGCUGAGAAUAUUAAUAUUGAGCAGUGUUCCAAGAACUCUCUGACAGGACCCAGUUUAUCAGAGACAGAUAAAAAAGGCUUGAGAGAGUGGGUGGAUGUAAGCGUCGAAAUACCUGGUAUAAGAGAUGACGAGUCCAUGCCAAUUUUUCUAGCAGCCUUAUUGUCUGAAGCUUUACUUGCAGAUGGGAUUUUUACAAAAAAGUUGUGGAUUAAUAACAGAUUUCAUUGGAGGCUGUAUCUAGAUAUUUUAUUACUCUCCCCACCACUCUCAUACCCUCUUCCGCUGCUGUCACUGACUAUGCACCUCGCGCUGCUAUCAACUAGACUCCCAAAGCUAAAGUCAGAAGGAGAUGAGGAUCCACUUUUUGAGGAUGAUUGGGAAGUUUCAACGUUCCUGUACCCUCGUGGUAAUCGAACUAUCGUCCGCCCGCCUAUUACGCUCCUUGUGAUUUCCGUCAAAGACAAUAUAAUUUUCGAUCCAAGUAAGGAAGAGCUAGCGGUUGCGGAAGUUGUCCUGGCUAUCUCUGUAGGAGAAGGAAACAAACAGGAAGGUUUACAAGCAAGUAGAAGGGACUUGAGACUGUUGGCAACUCGAACCAUUGACCCACCUUCGAGGCUUACCUAUCCUGGUGUUUCGGCUUCUCUUAACCCGACGAUGGGAGGCAUGCCAGGCACUUAUGAUGAAGCAGUUAGCCACAAAGAAAACUGUGUAGAAGAGGGCGUAUGGAUUCCUCCUCGAGGAGGCGCUAAACGAAAGUUAAUUUCAGCAAUGAUCCAGCAGGUCUUGUCACCAGGGGGUAUAGCAGAUGAAGUGCUUGAUGGGCUUGAUGCUGUAGAGUUAGGUUAG